AACAAAAGUUUAUUUUAUCGUAAGUUGAAAUAGUGAUCUUGUAAGUCGCAUUGUGGUUUGCUGGUAUUGAGAGAUUGGAAAAUGGAAUCAUCCUGUUCUCUAUGUUUACAAGUAAUUACUUUUAUUGCUUGGUUCGGAUUAAGCAUAGCUAUGAUUGUAAUAGGAGCGAUAUAUAAAGAUGAAUGUCCAAUACAGCCAUCCAUACCUAUCUUUCUGUUGGUUGCCGGAGUCACACACUUGGUGUUUAUUAUAUUAUUGUUUCUCAGACGUGUGCUGGAGACAUGCAGCAUAGUUCUAGAAGCUUUGAUUGGCAUGUUUAGCUUUGCUUGGUUCAUAACAGGAAGUGUUUGGGUGUUUAGUCUAUACAGUAAAAAUAUAGAUUCGAGCCAAUGUGACCAAAAUCUUUACUUCUUUGCUUUUGGAUUCUUGAUAUUUCAAUAUGUUGUCAUUGGCCUAAGCUUAAUCGUUCCAUGCUUUGGUUGUUCAGUAAGGUCACUUUUCUAUGAGAGGUUUGAUUGACAAGGCUCUUAAAGAAGAGAAAAAUCAACUAUUACCAGAAUAUUAACAUGGCUGUCAAAUGGAAAUGGGAUUUACUGUAAAUCUUAGAAACCUUCAAUAUCACAGAAAUCUGUAGCAACUUGAACUACUGGUUGUUUUGCAAAUU